CAACUCUAUGAACGGAUGUGGUGAGGCGCUUCUAAAAUACAGCUUCUGCGCUGGCAUUUGUGCUCUACGGACCAUGUAUGCCUAGGGGUACAGUCUUGGAGCGCAAACAGGCACCCUAAGCGCAGCAAAGUAUGGAUAGGCUAUCAUUAUUAUGUCAGAAGAAUGCCUGCAUGCGGCGCUUCUUAUCGCGCAGUGACAUGGGGGCUUCCGCAGUUGAGGUGGGAUGGAGCAGCUGUCUCCGUUGGAUCGCACCCUUCACCCUUCCAGCUCGAGCAUACAGCAGCAGUGGCGAAUCAAGUAUGGAUCGCUCGUUUCUCCGUGGCAUUUUAGAAGAAGUCCGGGUGGCACGUGCUCAAAAGGCGGCAGGCGACUACCGCCGCCAGCGGGGCGACCCCCAGCAGCAGCAGCCUGCUAGCAGCGACCCAAAUCGCAGCUCUAGCGACGUGGGGGCCGGAGGCCAGACGUCAUCCUCCUCAUCAUCAGGAGCAAUAGCAAGAAGCCAGACAAGCCCAGCAUUGCCAGCAGCAGCAGCAGGAGGUGCGUCCGCCGACUCGGCAGCGCAGGAGCUGCACCCCAGCCGAGGCAGGGCCGACCUUAACGCCUACGCACGCAGCCCCCUGGGCGGGGGGGUAGGCACCUCUUUGUCAUCUGGGUUGGGAGUGCCGGUUCUUGACGACGAGGCUGGGAGCCUCAGUAACUGGCAGCCUGUCACUAUGGGAGAAAGCGGCUUCGAGGCCAUGGUUGAGCGGCGCAUCCGUGACAGCGUGGCACGAGGCGAGCUGGAUAACUUGAAGCUCAAGGGCAAGCCUCUGGAUUCCGUCGUACGGCACGACUCGCAGUUCUACCGCGUGGAUCCCCUCAUGGCGGCAAUGGGGCGCAGCAUGGGCGCGCAGGCGGUACGGCCGCGCUCCCUGGAGCUGCGGGAGGAGCUGGCGGCGGCGCAGCGGGAGUUCGAGGAGGCGGUGCAGCGGG